AUGAACGACCCCGAGUUGCUGCGGAUUGUGUGUCGCGUGUUGCCGACUGAACUGCUCGCGAUUGUGCAUAUUCCUGAGCUCGUGAACACUUUCCUCCUCCCCGCGACCAUCGACAGCGCUGUGUACAAUGACCUCGUGGGUGUGAUUCAAGCCUACGGAUGCUCUCGGCCUUGGACUGUUGCAGCGAUGGACGGAGCAGCAACAAGAGGGCGACUGGAUAUCGUGCAUUGGUUGUACGCUCACCGCUGCGGAGGAUGUUCAACUGCCGCUUUUCUUGGAGCAGCAUCACACGGCCAUCUCGACGUACUCAAGUGGCUUCACAACUUUUACCCCAUGCUGUGUGAUUCAGAAAAGGAGCAGGUGUUAGCUGCAGAAUAUGGCCACGUUGGUGUGGUAAGAUUCCUACUACCAGGACGGAGAGCUCGUGAAGUCAAGGCGUGUCUCGUAGCUGCAGCCGCGAAUGGCCACGUUCAAGUGAUGGAGGCAGUUUUCCCAUGGCCAGUCGAUAUGACGCAAUGCUUGGUUGCGGCGGCGGCAAAGGAUCACUUAGAGGUGUUGCGAUUGUUGCUCGAUAGAGGCUACAACGACCAGAUCCGGUAUGUUGGUCCAGCAUUGAGAGACGCAGUAGCUGCCGGUCAGGUCAAUAGUAUCCAGUUUCUGCUCGACAAGUGUGAUGAUUUUGGCGUACGAAGCGCUUUGGGUACUGCGGUGGAGAGCGGUCGAACUGCAGUAGUGGAGCAAAUUCUGGGGCGUUGCAGUCCCGAUGAGGUUCCAAUCGGACGUGAGUUAAAGAAGGCAGCCCAAAGAAACCAGUGCGAAAUAGUCCAGCUUCUGCUCGCAAAACGUGCGCACGCGCGUUUGGGUCUGACGAAAGAAAUCCAAGCAGCUAUUGAUGUUGCAUUCCUAGAUGCUGUCAAGCACGGGCGUAUCGAUAUUGUGAAAGCACUGGCAGACAGCAGUGGAUUCAGUGUUACCGACGCGUUACGCCAUGCAGAACGAAGGAGACAGUGGGAAAUCGUGAAGAUGCUGCUCGAUUUCGCCAGAAUGGAAGGUUCCAUUUGA